AUCGACCGCUCUCCAGGUUUCCUCCUUUCUGUCUGCCAGACAAACUCAGACACGGUGACAACAUGGAUCCUAACACGACGAUUCUGCGAGUCAAGAGGAAAAGGGGGACCGACCCCGCAGAUGCGUUGUUGCUGGCGUGCAAACGUAUUCGUCCAGAGUCGUCCCAGAGCUCAGGCGAAACGGUGCCGGAGCCCAAUGAAGCCGAGGUGGAAAACUCUGUGUUCAAACUCGUGGCGACAGUAGCGACACAGGAUGCUCCGGUUCAGACGCAGGUUCGACAGGCUUUGGCUCGGCCUCGCACGGCCCACUCACUGCGCCCCUCCGCUGCCAGCUCACAGCGGAUUAUUGGGGACCUACGGAGCACAAAGUGGAGCACCCGUAGGGAGGAACGCUACAGAAUACUCUCUAGCCACCGCACAGGGCUGUCAAACCCAGCCGAGCAGCAAAACCCCCAAAGAGAUGCUUCUGAGGAUGUAAAGGAAACUGGGAAAGAGGGGGACAAAUGUUUGAGUCUUGGUGAAAUCCAGGUGGUUGAUCUCCUUCAUGAGAAUGUAGAGGACCAGGACAAGUCUUCUGGCAAGAUGCUGUCCUCAGACCCAGAAGUCAUCCUGUGUAACAGCACCAAGAUGCUGCGGGAGCAUCUGAGCAUAUCUGGAGAGAGACUGGGGGAAGAGCACCGGGAGCAGGACGGUGACUACGUCUACGAUCUGUACUACCAGGAAACGGUCACACCAGGGUGGAUCCAGGACAUCCUGUCUGUCAGGGCCUACGCCGAUGAGGGAGAACUGGUGCCUGACCAUGUGGUUCAUGAAGAGGAGGUGUAUGAAGAUGAGGAUGACGAAAACGAGGAAGCCAACUGGAGGAAUGACUACCCCGAUGAGGAGAGUGAUGAAGACAGUGACAGAGAGGAACGCUAUGGUGGUUACUGGGAGGAGGAGCACUCGUACAGCCGGAGGAGCUGGCAGCACUACCAGAGGGAAGUCCUACAUGAGCUGGGCUGCCGUGGUGAAGAUGACGAGGAUGAUGAUGACGGAGACAAAUAUGAUUCCGAUUGAUCUGUCCUUAACCCACACCUGUCAGUGGAUAUUCCAAUACCCCUCUUCACAAAUAACCCCAUACUCCAUAGACCUCUGUGGGUGAGAGUGGAGGAAGAACUGUGAGAACGACACAUAACAGAAACAUGUCUGAAAAAAGGAAUUAUAGAAUUCAAAGUGUAGCAAUUUAUGUGUAGCAGUCAUCAGAUUUUUACGACAGUUCAAGUGAAAUUACCUUGAGAAACCUCUUGUUCUUAAGUUAACACAGUAUUCUACAUCUUCAAAUGUUGGGCUUUGUUUGUCAACCACUAAUGGUUCAGAAAAUUGAGAUGGUUUUGGGAUGAAAUCCAUCCUGCUCUCUCUUACACAGGUGAUGGAGUAGGCGUUAUUGCCAGAAGGAUCCAGUGUCUUUUUUCUUUUAAAUCUGUGGUGGAGUGAACUUGUGUGUGUGUGUGUGGCUGUUUGUUCAAAGUGGAUGUGUGUGUGGUAGAAAUGUCGCAUAUUAGUGUUACAUGCCUGGUAUGCUUUGUGCUGUUAACACUUCUGUUAGUGAGACGUCUUGGGCCGUGUGCGGUUGCAGUUUAGGGUGUUUGCAUUUUGUGCAUGGUAGUGUGUGUAGGUAUAAUUGUGCGUGUUAAGAUUUUUUGCAUAUGUGAAAGCGUGGCGCAUUAUUUUUGUUGUGGGUGUGUGAGUUUGGUUCGGAAAUUCCCCUUUGAAGUUAAGACCAUUUCUCUCGGAUGCUUGUUUAAUUAAAGUUUUUGUAAAUAUGUAGAUGUGUAUAAAAAGCCUUUCAAAAUAAACUUCAAACAUCUCA